ACCUCCACCGCCACCGCCUAGAAGCACUCUGGGAAAGUGUGGUGAACACAGUCUCCGGGACCGGGCCGGUGGCGGGGAGGAGUCUAAUCAAGGCCUGCCGGUUGGCCCGCCCAGCCACUGCAGGCUGCAAGGCGCGGCCAAUAGGCUAUGCGAUCCCGGGCACGCCCGCACGAGCUCUCUUCUCGCGAGGCCUGCUAGACCCGAAUGUCGUUAGCCGUGGGGAAAGAUGGCGGAAAAUUUAAAAGGCUGCAGUGUAUGUUGCAAGUCCUCUUGGAAUCAGCUGCAGGACUUGUGCCGCCUGGCCAGGCUCUCCUGCCCUGCUCUUGGCAUCUCUAAGAGGAACCUCUAUGACUUUGAAGUUGAGUACCUCUGCGAUUACAAGAAAAUUCGCGAACAAGAGUAUUACCUGGUAAAGUGGCGUGGAUACCCUGACUCAGAGAGCACCUGGGAGCCACGGCAGAAUCUCAAGUGUGUGCGCAUUCUCAAGCAGUUCCACAAGGACUUAGAAAGAGAGCUGCUCCGGCGAUACCACCGGUCAAAGCCGCCCCGGCACCUGGACCCAAGCUUGGCUAAUUACCUGGUGCAGAAGGCCAAGCAGAGGCGGGCACUUCAGCGCUGGGAGCAGGAGCUCAAUGCCAAGCGCAGCCACCUGGGACGCAUCACUGUGGAGAACGAGGUGGACCUGGAUGGCCCCCCACGGGCAUUCAUGUACAUCAAUGAGUACCGAGUUGGUGAGGGCAUCACUCUCAACCAGGUGGCUGUGGGCUGCGAGUGCCAGGACUGUCUGUGGGCACCCACUGGAGGCUGUUGCCCUGGAGCGUCCCUGCACAAGUUUGCCUACAAUGACCAGGGCCAAGUGCGGCUGCGAGCUGGGCUGCCCAUCUACGAGUGCAACUCCCGCUGCCGCUGUGGCUAUGACUGCCCCAAUCGCGUAGUACAGAAGGGCAUCCGCUAUGACCUCUGCAUCUUCCGCACAGAUGAUGGGCGCGGCUGGGGUGUCCGUACACUUGAGAAGAUCCGCAAGAACAGCUUUGUCAUGGAAUACGUGGGAGAGAUCAUUACCUCAGAGGAGGCAGAACGGCGGGGCCAGAUCUACGACCGCCAAGGUGCCACCUACCUCUUCGACCUGGACUAUGUGGAGGAUGUGUAUACUGUGGAUGCCGCAUAUUAUGGCAACAUCUCUCACUUUGUCAACCAUAGUUGUGACCCCAACCUGCAGGUGUACAAUGUCUUCAUAGACAACCUUGAUGAGAGGCUACCCCGCAUCGCUUUCUUUGCCACAAGAACCAUCCGGGCAGGCGAGGAGCUCACCUUUGAUUACAACAUGCAAGUGGACCCCGUGGACAUGGAAAGCACUCGCAUGGAUUCCAAUUUUGGCUUGGCUGGGCUCCCUGGCUCCCCUAAGAAGCGGGUCCGUAUCGAAUGCAAGUGUGGGACUGAGUCCUGCCGCAAAUACCUCUUCUAGUUCUGAGAAGUCUGAGGCCAAACUGACUGAGGGCGCCUGAAGUCACCCACCCUCCCUCACUGCUGCCCUCCUGUUGGGGAAUGAUCGCAGGUCCUCUUACCUGCCCCCACCUGCUCCGCCUGCUCUAUGGUCAGGGCUCUGUUGAGGACUGACUCCAGCAGUCCUUGUAUGUGUUCCAGCCCCUCCAUGGGUUGCACUUACAAACCCUCACCCACCUUCAGAGUACAUCAGUCACAUCAAGAUUUUCUGCAGUUAGGGUUGGGGCUUACUGUGGAGGUCUAAGGGUGGAGACCCAGCCCAGGGCCAGAAUAAAAAGAUGUUUGUUUUUGUA